UCCGUUGAUAGCGCCUGUACGCAAAAUACACAACUUCCGUGUAGUUUUUGAACAAUUACUGUCGAAGAACCUUAAACUAUUUUCUAUUUACGUUUUCCUAUGUACAGUUUUUGAAACAGUUUCGGUUUUCUGGUUGAGAUACUUGUAGGUAUCAUAAUUUGCAAAAGUUGCUGAAACCCAAAAUCUUUUGCAACGAGGACUUUGAUUAUGUCUUCAUUAGCAUUCAAAAUCGGAUCGCUGCUCGUACGAACUCUUUCUAAACCCAUUGCCAAUACAAUUAAAUCACAGGCCAAAGAACAUCCGGCAUUUCGUCGCAUGUGCAUAAAUGUUGCUCAGAAAAUGCACCGAGCAGAGUUUCGUUUGUUAGGCGUAACAAAAAAUCGGGCGGGGAAUGUGCCUCUUCAUAUACGACCAUUGAAUGAUGCCAAAGCUGUCGAGACUGGUGCAAAUUUCCUUUCAGAGACAUUCAUUUUCUCAGUAGCCGGUUUGGCCAUCCUUUCAGAGUACAUUCGUGCAAAACGAAAAGACGCCGCUCGGAGGAGGCAGGUCGCAGAAACAUUGGAAGGUUUACAGGAUGAAAUUGUUCGUUUAAAUCGGAUAGUCGAAAAACAUCUUUGCACACAUCACCGGCAUGAUCCGGGUAACAGGGAUGAGAACAACACACUCUCUUAUGACUUCAAUGAUUUACAUAAAGUAAUGAGCCAUGUGAAUACAGAAAUUGAACUUUUAUCUGCCUCAGAUGAAGAUGUCAAGGAUACGAAUCAGAAAGUAUUAUCUUAGUGGAUAUUGGAUGCAUCAAAAUAGCGUAACCUUUAUGAUAAACAACUUUGGGAAAAAGUGUUAUGGGGGAUAGUAUCCUUGAAAGAGAAAGUUUAGAAAAUGGAUACCAGCAGCGGCCUAGCAUUCUGUUGCAACGGGAAGUGUGAUGAUAUUUAGUAAAAAACGCAGUGUCAACGCAAGUUUAUCGCCCGAAACCUUCUGGAGGAAACACAUUGUCUCAAAUACAUCACGGGAAUCUUCUUCUCAAGCCGCUUCUGUUCGCGAGAUAAACUUAAAGUGAAUGCUGCCAGUUGUUUUACUGGCCGAAGAGCAUCCAAUGCACCUUGAAUAAUAAGCCUUCUAAUUAGUAAAAAAAUCCAACAGUAUACUGACCAUACCACUUCAUUUCAGCUGAAGUAAACUGUAAGCUUUCCGGUUUCGAAGAGUUCACAACUCCAAGUGAAUAAACACGAAAGCGAGUCGACAAAACAAACCAAACCUUGCUAACAAUAUCAUGUACAUUAAUGGGUAACAACUUGUACUCGUGAA